UUGUGUAACAACACUUUACUGUGGUGCCUCCUCUCCGAGGGAGCGUCCUGCCACUCAAAGCCCGGCAGCGCCACUGCAGGCUCAUUCUUCGGGCAGCUCACUUUAACAGAAUGUUGGCCCUAAUCAAACUGCCUCCCAGCUUUUGCUUUUUAGUUUUUCGAGCCAUUCAUUUUCCUUAUUUGCCUCUUUUUAUUAUGAAUUUUAAUUGUGACUUUGUUGAGAAAAAGAAGAAUGUGGAUGCAUUUUUAAGCCAAGGUUUGUCAUUAUUUAGGAACAGAAACUGUUUCCUUGCUUUUGUAUAAAACUGGAAAACCAGUUUAGCAGAAAAGUGAAACUCGUGCCUGCUGUUUAUUGACUGCCUUGGGAUUCUGUGCCGAUCUGCGGAGUCGAGAUAAGGAAGGAGUGAAGAGCUUUUUGCUUACAUGGCACAUUUAUUUAUUAUGACCAUUUUCUUACUUGGAAAGCAUUAACAGUUGAAGAUGGGUCUGACCAUUGUUCUGAAAGUGCAAGAACUUAAAAACUGCUAAAUGAAGAGGAGCUUAACUUUCCCAGCCACCUGUUGUUGUGUCUCCUUUCCUUGUGCCCAUCUCUGAAACAGUAGAAUUUGUGAAGAGGGAGACUGAAAGAGAAGGUGAAAAAUGAAAAAUGCACAAAAUGCAAGCAUUUUGAAGAAGAGAGUGGGACACUUCAGCCAUAAGUCACCGUGAGCCUUCAACUUGACUUUACUGCAUUUCUUUUAUUGCAGCAAUACGCUCAGCAGAACUUUAAUGAUCUGAAAACAGAAAUUUUCAGAAUAUGCCCUGCAUUGCUUCUUCUUACUGAUGAAAGUGCUGAACAAUGUCCCUGUACAUUAGGAUGUUUCCAAAGACUCGGAGCUGAUUGCUUGAGACGCUGUAAACAUAAAAAGAUGUGAUGUAAUGCCACCUCUUAUCAUGGCAUUUAAAGCAGUCAGUGCAUUUGUGAAACCUCACAUUCACAUCUGGGAGAAAAGUAAUCAGGAAAUCCAAAAGCUACAUUCAUUUCAUGUGUAAAGAAGGAUGAAAAGCUAGGAGCGUGCGGAGAAUGACUGCAGUCUACCUGAAUGGAGGAGGUCUGGGUAGCCAGCGAUACGCACGAUGGAGUCGGCAGGACAGCGGCGAGGACUACCUACGUGCCGAGUGCUACACAGAAGAAGAAGGAGGCAUGCAGCGGCGGCUCACCCCUUUCGAGAGGCUGACUUUGGACAUGUCCCAGGAUGAGAAAGUAGUGAAGGAGCUCACCCUUGGCAAAAGAAUUGGCUUCUACCGGGUGCGUGGUGAAAUUGGAAGUGGCAACUUUUCCCAGGUCAAGCUUGGAAUCCAUUGUCUUACUAAAGAAAAAGUGGCAAUAAAAAUCUUGGAUAAAACAAAACUUGACCAGAAGACACAGAGGCUGUUGUCCAGAGAGAUCUCGAGCAUGGAGAAGCUGCAUCAUCCCAACAUCAUCCGGCUGUAUGAGGUGGUGGAGACCCUGUCCAAGCUGCACCUCAUCAUGGAGUACGCAGGUGGAGGGGAGCUCUUUGCCAAGAUCAGCAUGGAAGGCAAACUGUCCAACACAAACAGCAAAAUGGUUUUUUCCCAGAUUUUGUCUGCAGUCAAGCACAUGCAUGACAACAACAUAAUACACCGGGACUUGAAAGCAGAGAACGUCUUUUAUACGUGUGACACUUGUGUAAAGGUUGGAGAUUUCGGCUUCAGCACCAUAAGCAAGAAGGACGAGACUCUCAAUACAUUUUGUGGCUCCCCACCUUACGCCGCCCCGGAGCUGUUCAGAGACGAGAGCUACGUGGGCGUGUUUGUGGAUAUCUGGGCACUUGGCAUCCUGCUUUUCUUCAUGGUGACGGGGACUAUGCCAUUCAGAGCAGACACUGUGGCCAAACUCAAAAAAUGCAUUCUGGAUGGCACUUACACAAUCCCUGCCUACAUUCCUGAGCCUUGCCAGAAAUUGAUCCGAGGAAUCCUACAGCCAGCGCCCACUGACCGAUACAGCAUUGACCAAAUCAUGAACUGUGAAUGGCUGAAACCAAUUGAAUUUCCCAAACCAAUGGAGCCUUUCAAGCUGGACCCCAUGUAUUUAGCACAGCCCUGUGAGCUCAAAGACGACGAAACGGAGGUCAAAGUGGCACUGGAGAACUUGGGCAUUACAGAGGAACACAUUAAGAACAACCAGGGUAAGAACUCCCGCAGCUCCAUUACUGGAGUCUACCGCAUCAUUCUGCACCGGGUCCAGAAGAGACUGGCGGUGGAGAACGUGCCUGUGUUAAAUCAGGUGGAGCGCAGGAACUCCAAAAAGGAGCGGCACAAGCCUUUCCGAGAAAUCAGACACACAUCCAAACUCUGCUCCAUUUUAUAGCUUCUCGCUCAGUUUUCUAUUUAAAUAUUCCUUGUGUCAAUGUUUUGUUUUGUUUUUUUUUUUUUUGAAGAAUAUAUGCUUGCCUUCUAAACUUUUGUAAUGAUAACAUUUUAAUAAAAUAAUGCCUUUAUGACAGACUGCUCGUCAUUCCCCUUAGUAAGUAGUGACAUUUUCACAAAGUUUAACUGGAUUUUAUUAAAGGAUAAAUUUGGUAUUUUUCAAGUCUAAUUUAUUUCUUCCCCAUCAUGCUAUGUGUUAGUUUGCCACAUAAAAUAAAGUUCUAAAGUGAAACCUUUUUUGUAAAUUAAUAAAUAAAUAAACAACCUACGUUAUUCUUUCAUUUUAAAAUGGAGGCGAAUGAAGCCGGGGUUCAAACGCAAAAAGAAAAGCCUUGAAACUUACUGAGUUCGUCCACUUUGAAGCACCAAAGUUUUCGAUAUAAGAAAGCAGGCCUUCCGUGUUUCUGUGGUCUCUUUGUGACAACAAAAGUAAGCUGAAAGUAAUAAUUUUAUCACAGAUUCUUGGUUCACUGCACACAUGUUGCAAAGCAGCUUGUGUGUGUCACUUUAGGAAGGAAAAAGAGAUUCCGCCAUUUAUGAAAGAAGGCCAGCUGUGCACUUCACCUCACUGCUAGGCCUCCUCCGCAGCGUCCUUUCAGCCCCACGUGUGUGGUUUCACUUCAAAAAAUCGUCUCCAGCCUCAGUUAUU